AUGAAACAACAUCAACAACAGCAGGAAGAAGCAGAAGCCAAUCCUCCAGAGACAACAGACACCUUGGGUCUUUGCCCGCAAUGCCCAUUUGCGUCCAGAUCACCAAGCGAGGUUGAUGAGCACAUGGUGAAUGUGCAUAGAGCGACACUGCCUUCGGAGCACGGCCAGACCUCAGAACAAAAUGACCAUCUCUCUGCCCCUCAGAUCCCCGUCAACGAGAUGUCUGCACAACUUAACACUCUAAUUUCGCUAGCUCGUGCCUUUCCUGGAACUGGAGCCAUCGCCUUUCCGGGGAUGUCUACACUCCAGACCAGUGGCACCGUUUAUCCUGGAAAUCCUGAUCAGAGCAUAUCGUCACAGGAAACGCAGCAGACUAUCCCCACGCUUCAGCCUGAGGAUCAGCCAUGCUCCUCCUCAUCGCUGUUGCGGAAUGUACCAGUUCGGACGGAUUCAAGGCGGCGGUACAAGUGUAGUAAAUGCCCGAACAGUUUUCCUUGGCAUGGCGAUCUUACCGACCACAUGAAAAGGGUGCACGGAAUCAUUAAGAGCUCUCGAAACUGCAGUCGUGGUGGAAGUGCUGCCAAUGGCGGCACCACUACGGAUUGCCCUAGAAGCAGUCGUUCCGCAGGGACGUAUCAGUGUCAGUUCUGCAAGUACGAUGCAAAGUACUUGAGCGAACUAAGACGUCACAAACGCUUGCAUAUGGGUGUAAAGCCCUUUGCUUGCAUUUUCUGUGCCUACAAAUCGGCGUGGAAAGGCGAUCUCAAGCGCCAUAUGGAAUCACAUCACAAAGACGAAUUCGAAUGUGAUGAGGAUUUGGCUCGAAUUAUGGCCCAGUUUAAAAACAAUGCUGGAACGACUGCUAUUGACUCAAAUGAGGAGCAAGUUGAGAGGUCUUCCCCUAUAACAUCAGUGAAUUCCCCAAACCAUCAAGCGUCUCGAGACGCAUUAAUUCCUCCUGGAAUUCCAUCAACGUCUCACGCUGAUUUAAGCGGUCCAACUACAACAGAGACAGCUUCUCAACUACUCAUAAACACCCUUUUAAACCUUCCACCAAAUUUGCAGGGAUUGGAUCCACGAUUUUAUCCAUCCUUAGAAUCCUUCGCUUCCCUUUUUUCGCCGCCAAGUGAUGUACCUCAAGCGCUGCCCCAACCCAGCUCUUCACCACCUCAGCCAUCGCAAGAUCUGGUCCUUUCAACGCCCCCACCUCUGCCUUAUUCGUCACCAUUGAGUACUGUAACUUCUCCGCCAGCGAUAGAGAGUUUGAACUCCCUGUUGAGCAGUUGGAACUGGCUGCAAUUUAUGCCAAAUGUUGGACAAGAGGAAGCAAACUCCACAGGAACCUUCUCAACACAACUUGUAGACAGUCAGCUCCAUCAGCAGUCCCAGUCCUCCACCAAUACAGAUGAACCGUUGAAUUUGGUGUGUAGGACGGAGUUCUUGACAAGUUCACUUGAUGUGAGUCAAGCCUCGUCUUCACACGUCCGUCCACCUCCAGCCAAGCGAAGAUCCACAAAACCCUCCCGAUCCACAAGAGGAUCGACUAGUCGUGAAGAGCUUUAUAAACCCUAUAGAUGCUCCAGUUGCGGUCAUCGUUCCAACUGGAAGUGGGACAUUAAUAAACACAUAAGAGUGGCGCAUCCAGAACGACCAGAUGUUACUACCAUUACUAUGGACUCAGAUGAGGCUAAAAGCACUCUCCCAGCGUAUUUAGAAAGAGUGAGAACAUUUGGCCGCAAUGGAAGGUCAUCAGCGCCCUGUAGUGAUGAAAUGAAUCCAUCCUGCAGCAACGGCUCUGGUACAGGCCAGCAGGACCGAGAGGGCUACAUCAGACCCUAUAUGUGUUCUUUCUGCGGUCAUCGGAGCAACUGGAAGUGGGAUCUAAGAAAGCAUAUGAAAAUUAUGCAUGGCAGGGAGGGAAAGGUGAUACUAUUGAGCAAUGAGGAGGCUCGUCGAACCCUGGAUCAGUACAAAGCAAAUCGACGACAGGGACAGAGCCGGUUGCUUCGAUGGUCAACCACAGACUUGUCGAGUGAGCCUUCAACAUCGCGCCAAUGUUAUACCUCAGAAGCAUCGAGAGAUACGACCGUCUCACCCGACUGUAACACCCUUGGCCAAGCCAGUGAUGGCAGUCAGCCUAGUGACAGCGAGAUGAAAACGACAUCGGCUUUCCGCUGCUGUUUUUGCAAGAUGACCUUCCCUAUGUGGAAGAGUCUUGCUCAACACAUUACAUUCCAUCAUCCAAACCUUGGCAGAGCCACCACUCAUGCUGCCACAGCUACGGGGAAUAUUGUGAUUACUGGUGCUACAGCAAGAAACAACAGUUCUAGUCCUCUAGAGUCUACGCAUUCAGAAGGCUCCUCCAAGGAGAACCUUUCCUCGCCUUCUUCGAACAAGUUGUCAUCCGGAGAGGACGAACAGGUUGCUAUGGAGGUUAAGUCUUGUGGAAUGGAACACCUGGCCUACAGUGAGCCUCGGCAGGUAGAACCUGUGCUAUCACCGUCAAUGUCAUCGACCCCGCCAUCACUGUCUGAAUCGGAAUCGGUGAAGCAGCGUCUCAAACUUCAGGCAAAACGGUCUCUAGUCCAACAAGUUGCGUCUUCGUCGACACAAACUCAGAGUUCAUCACUGCUAACCACCCUGGACAACCUGCUUUCAGGGAGUUCAACAGAUUCGUUCACUGCGGUCUUUCAGUUUGCGGAGAUACUGAAACAAGCUGUCACUUUCCUCCAGUCGUUGUUGGGUGAAGGGAAUCAGGAAAGAGCAGAGAAUUCAAACCAACAGCUUCCUUCUAACGUCUCCGAACAGCUACUGUCUCGCUUGCAAGGCGAUGAAAAUGAGCCCUCUACAAUGGCGGAUAGAUCACAGCGCUUGGCCUCGCUGCUGGUGGACCCUCAGAUUCAGUCGUUGACUGAUCAACUAUUACCUCUCCUCCAAAGAGUAAAGCAGCAAUUUAACAUCCCCGAUGAAAUGGACGAUUUCACCCACUCUAACAGUAACUCCUCCGCGUGA